ACAGUUCAUAAAGGAAAGGGCUUGAACUGGAAUAAUAAAUUGCCUUUGCCUCAAAGGAGAAGUCUGCCAUAGCUUUUCAGGCCCCAGGAUAUAACAAUUUUAAUAAUUAAAAUUAAUUAUUUUGUGGAAAGGAGUUUCUGCUAUUUCCUGGACUUUCAAACUCUAUGUGACGCUCCAAAGAAGUGAAAGGACAAGAGGAGCUUCAGUCUUCACCUUCACCUUGGAUGCUGUCUCCUGAUUUCCAGCACAAACUCUUCACUCUCUAGCACAGACCUUUCAGCCUCUUGAUAUGGACUCACACGGCACACCAGGCACAACUUUUGUGCUUUUCCACACCUGACUCUGCAGGUGGACAUGAGGACAACGACAAGCGUACGUGACACGAAAACCCUUAGGCAGAUGCUCACUGGAGAACAUGAAAACUCCUGAUGCUUGCACCAAAUAUGUGUCAUCUCCACGGAUGUAAGCGAUACCAACUCUGUGUCAUGCAGGCGUGCUGAAUGGGGGCUGCUACCGAAGCAGCCCUAAGGUGGGGACGAGAGAUUCUCAAGGGAGCAAUUCUUUGACUCUCGCACUCAGACCAGCCGCGAGCUUCCAGGAGGUUGCUGGCAAUGGCCUUCCCGCAAAACUGGUUGAAUCUUGAAAGUGUCUCAGCGUACACCCUGUUUUCAUGGGUUACCGGUGCUUGCACGUGCACGGUUUGAAAGUUCCACGUAAAAGAGACGCGCACGCGUCCGGUGGGCGCAGGGCACCAGACCGGAAGUGGAGGCAGAGGCCUGGUGCACUCACGUGGUCACCGCGCGGCACGAGCCUGAAGCUGGGCACGUGGGCGGGGGAGAGUACGCAGUGCGCAUGUGCAGCAACCAAAAUCCCGGAGGUCACGUCGUCGACGUCGGCCUCCUCCUGUAGUCGUCGUCCACGGCACUGACUCUGACUCGCGUGAGUGAGUGAGGCCCUUCCCGCUGACAGGGCCUGGGUACGUCACGAUGCAGCGAGGGUUAGAGCAAGCCCUUGACCGUGCAGAGGAGGUCAUUGCGAGGGCCCGGCAGAGACCCCCGGAAAGGAGAGCCCCUUCGGGCGAGGAGAAGUCUCUCCAUGAAAAGCUUUAUGACAUUUAUGUGGAAGAAUGUGGCAGAGAGCCCGAGGACCCCGAGGAACUCACAACCAGCUCCAACCUGCUAGAGAAGCUGGUUAGCAGAGAGUCGUUGCCGUGCCUAGUGUUCAGCCUGUACCCCGGAGAUAAGGGCUAUUCUGUGAUGCUGGAUGACAAAAGUGGGUCCUUUUCAGAGACCAUUUCGCUGCCCUAUGGAGAAAGUAAACUGUUGGAGUACUUGGAUGCACAACAGUUACCUCCUGUUCUGCUCGACCUCCUGAGCACCUCUCAGAUGAACCUUUUCCACAGUGGCUGCGUCAUAGCAGAAAUCCGAGACUACAGGCAGUGUGGGGGCCUGGACUCUCCUGUGUACAAAAGUAGGCAUAUUCUCUUACGUCCGACGAUGCAGACCUUAGUGUGUGAUGUAGAGGCCAUCGCAAGUGACAACCCUCCAUGGACACAGCAAGACAAGCUCACCCUUGAGAGCCAACUGAUCCUGGCUACAGCAGAACCACUGUGUCUGGACCCUUCUGUGGCAGUAGCCUGCACUGCCGACAGACUGCUGUUUAAUAUGCAGACGAUGAAUGCUGCACCAAUGGUACAGUCCUUCAAGAGGCAUUCCUGGCCUUCCGUGAGCCUACAGGAGGAGUCAUUUUCAUCUACUUCUCACCCUGACUCUAGAGUACUAACUGCUUGCGAAAAAAGAAAAGAAAAGAAAUCUAGUCAAGAAGAGGACCUGAAGAUCACAACACAGAACUAUGUAGACAAAUGGAAACAGAGACCCUGUGACCUGAACUUGCCUUCUGAAAUUGAUGUGGACAAAUAUGCCACAGGAAACCAACCUGGUAAUGCAUCACCAACAUUCUGCUCAUCUCCUGUGAUAGAAAAUGACUUUGUAUUUGACUAUGAAGCUGAGAGUCACCUAUGGGAAACAAAGCGAGACAUCCUGAUGUCCAAUAAUGAUCCACUUUGGUGUGAUAUCGUAGAUCCACCAAAUUAUCCCCUACUCAAGAGGCUGAGACAGGCCCCACACGCCUCCACAGGUGACCAAUCAGGCGGUCUCCAGCCUAAAUCAAAGACUGAUGCUGGAAUGGAAGUCAGCACAUGCCAGGCAUCUGUCAAGAGCACAGCUGAAUAUGCAGGCGAGAUGGCAUCAGGCCCCAGUAUCUCAGCCAGUGUCAGUCAACCCUCUCCACAGGCAAAGCCAAGACAGCCUAUGACCUCAGUGUCAUCAGAGCCUUCAGUAUCCGGAAAUGCAGUCAAUUCAGGAGCUCCAUGGGUCACAUCUACCUCCACCUCAGGACAGAGUUUUUCAGGUCAAGAUCCCGCCGCACGACGAGCCUACAGCUCCCGGAAGCUCCCUCCUCUUGCUCCUGCUCCCAAGCCACGCAAAGUUUCUCAGAAGUGUCCUGUGUAUAUCAAAGGAGAUAGCUCACUUCCUCCUCAGGCCCAGCCCUCUGCAAGCCAUUCACAAAACACAGCGGUGACCAAGAACCGAACCAGCUCCACUAGCCUGAAGAUCAUCCAUGUGGUGGGCCCAGCACGGGGAAGCCAGGGUUUGGUGAGUGCUUCACAUUCCGUGCUGAGCAGUCCCACUGAUGCCCCAGGUGCUAGGGUAACCCAGCCCAGUGGCCUUCAGCCCUCAGAAAGGCAGCGCCCCAAUUCAGGGUUAAGUGGGACACAGCCACCCUCUCAGCCAGGUAUGCAAAUCACUUUACAUAACCCUUCUGGUCUCAUGCCCUUAACUAUACUCCAACUUUCACCUGGUUCCAUCAUUUUGAGCACCCAGCCCCAGCCCCAGGCUCAGACACAGACACAGAUCCAGCAGCUGCAACUGCAACUCCUUCCCCAAGCCCAUCCCCCACCCCCACAGCAUCCUCAGGUGUUUCAGCUGAUUCCACAACAACAGCUUCAGCAACCCACAACUUCUGUUCCACCACAGCAUGGCCCACAGGCUUCUGCCAAACGUCCAAGCAGUCGGCAGCGGACCUUGCCAGCUCAGCAAAAUGUUGUGAUCAACCUUUCUGGAGAAGGGCAUUUUCAGAAACCCCAGGCAGCUGUGUUAGGUCAGCGUGGCUCUGGCCAGCAAAGACCUAGGCAGAGCCCUACUCCUCAGGGAUUCCAGGCCCCUCCUGCUCUGCAGCAACAGGUGCAGGCACAUGGGCAGGUGCAGAGUCACCAGGUGAAAUACUGGCAGUGUCCAGUGUCUGUGGCGACAAGAAGCACUCAGACCAUUAGCAUCCCCCAACAUGACCACACAGCCCACCAAGACAAAGAUAGCACCAACAAAGACCUGCCACCCACCCCAAAGUCCUGAAUCUUAGUUUAGUUUUCCUGUUUUUAAAAAAAUUCAGGCAUAAAAAAAUUCAAACAUAGACAUAAAUAAGAUUCAAGUGUUUGAUGUGUCACUAUUUUACAUUUUAAAGCAUAAACUUUAUAUCACAGCACAGUUCCAUAAUUUUUACAUAGAAACAGGGAAUGCAUUUAAUAAACCAUGAUGGUCUUGCUGAAGUUAUUCCUUUUGCUGUUGCUGACAUACUUUUGCUGUAUCAUUUUAAUGUGUGCUCAAACCCAAACUACGUUCAUUUUAAACUCUUGAAACAUAUAAUUUCUCUGUACAAUAAAACAACAAUAAGAAUAAACAUCUGGUUAAUGUUUGAGCAAGAUGAGCUAGUUUUAAGAUUUUGAUUAUAAAAUAUAACACAAAAUUGACUCUCUUCACCAUUUUAAGGGCACCAUUCAGUAGUAUUCAGCCCUUUCUCACGGUUGUGCAGCACAGCUGUAGGAGUUUUGCGUCUUACAGAUCCCAUCUCUGCACCCGUUAGACACCAGCUCCCCAUUUCCUGUCCCUCGGCCCCUGGCAGCCUGCAUUCAUUCUGCCUCCUGUCUCCAUGAAUUUGAGAAUGCUGGGCAGGUCACAGAAUGAAAUCCUGACAGUGCUCAUCAUGUGGAGAUGGGUUUAUGUCACUUAGCGUGAUGUCCUCGGGGUUCAUCCCACGUGACAGGAAAAUGAUCGCUUUUUAGAAACUAGUUUUCCUGUAGAGUACAUACCUAUGAGCUGGGGAACCAUGUUUGAGGACAACAUAGUUGGUAUGCAUGUGUCCCCUUUGAAAGGUUUGUGUGCAAGGUAUGAAUUGUAAUUACUUACUACACACCUAGUUUGAAAAAGCAAAAGAAUCCACAAGAAAUGAAGGUCACACUGAGGUUGAGUACACCAGAGACACGCACACCUGUGGGGUGCAUUUGUUAGCAGAUGUGCCAGUGUGACAGUCCCCGGACCUUCCUGGGUCUCCCCUGCACUCAUUGC